AUCAAUAUGUGCCAUUGCCAGGAGGCUUGCUGUGUCUCCCAGCACAGUCUCAAGAGCAUGGAGAUUUCAGGAGACAGGCAGUUACUCUAGGAGACCUGGAAAGGAGCGUAGAAGGUCCUUAACCCAUCAGCAGGACCGUAUCUGAUCAUCUGUGCAAAGAGGAACAGGAUGAGCACUGCCAGAGCUACAGCAUGACCUCCAGCAGGCCACUGGUGUGAAUGUCUCUGAGCAAACAAUUAAACUGAUUCAUGAGGCUGGCCUGAGGGCCCAACGUCCUCCAUGGAGCCGACUGGUAUUUGCCUUAGAAUACCAGAAUUGGCAGGUCCAUCACUGACCCCUGUGCUUUUCACAGAGGAGAGCAGGUUCACCCUGAGUGUGAGAAAGAUGUGAAAGGGUCUGGAGAAGCUGUGGAGAACGCUAUUCUGCCUGUAGUUCAGCAUGACUGGUUUGGUGGUGGGUCAAGGAGGUCUGGGGAGGCAUAUCCAUGGAGGGGCACACAGACCUCUUCAGGCUAGAUAGCAGCACCCUGACAGCCGUUAGUUAUCAGGAUAAAGUCCUUGGAUUGUCAGACCCUAUGUUGGUGCAGUGUUCCUGUGGGUUCCUCGUGGUGUUUGACAAUGUGUUGAGAAAAUGCAGACAGUUCCUCCUCCAGAUCCCUCCAGAGAAGAUCCCACAGCACACCAUCCAUCGUCUGAUUAAGAGCAUGUCCAGACAUGAAUACAAGCACGUGGGAUUAGAAGCCAAAACUGUGCCCACAGAGUCUUUCUCCUCUCUCCUGCCAAAGGCUAUCUCUGCUGUGCUGCACCCAGCUCCGCCCGCAGGCAUCAACUCACACUCACAGCCCAGCAGAAAUCCAGAAGGGCACGCCUCGCCAAACCUGGAACAACUGCAGACAGAGCUGAGAGACCUGAAGGGCCAGUUUGAACAGAUGAAGACUCAGCACAACAAAGAAAUCAAACUGCUGAUGAAUGAGCUGGAUGAGGAGAAAAGGAUUCGCUUAACGUUACAGAUGGAAAUUCAGCGAAUGAAGAAGCACAUGUCUAAAUGAGCAAAGAAGACUAUUCUUUCAUCAGAUUUCUGAUUUACCGUUUCUUUUUGGACUGCUGAGUGGGCUGACCCAGAGGGCUUAAUAUUUUUACUGAGUCACUGGUGGAAGUGCAAAGAUGGAAGCAGACAUGAAGACGGAGGCUGUAGCAAACUGUCCUUUCCCUCUGGAGACGACCGGCGCAGUUGCACAUCAAACAUCUUGUUUUUUUUUUCUCGUCACGUCACCAAAGGCAUUCAUAAACGUUCAUGUCGGGGAACUGUAAUCUCACAUGUUUUGAGUUUUCCAUGAGAUUUCACUUAUCACCGUCCAUUAAGACAAUGAUUGGUGGUAAUAUGUACUACGGCAUAAUUGAACUGGUUUUUUUUAUCCAUUGUAACAGUGACUCCAAGAGAGAGGAUGAGAAAUGACAAGCAGCAGUUCAUUUACAGAGACUAAAGGGUUUGUUUAUAAUAAUGUAAUAUGGAUGAGCACACAGAUUUUAGGCUUGUAAAAAGAAAAAAGAAAAAAAAAUCGCACUUGUUUUCUUUCUGAUUGCACAAAGAAUGUAAAUUUACUGGGUGCUGAUGUGCACUGUGUGUUUAUUAAAAAUAAAUAUAGUUACUGCUGAUA